AUGGCCUCCCCAAGUGGUUACUUCAAGUUAUUGACAACAUUGUUAUUUGCUUCGUUGCUCUUAUCAUUUCUCUCGUCAUCUCCUUCACCAGCAAAUGCAUCGACUCCUUUAGUUGAAAGUGUCUGUAGCCAAGUCCCAGGCAACCGUUACUGCAAGCCGUUUCUCGAUUCGGAUCCCCGAACACAAUCCGCCACGAAUCUCCUUGACCUUGCAAAAAUCGUUCUCGACUUGACCAUAGCCUUGGCAGAAGAUUGCCUAGCUUUCGUCGACCUCUUGAUCAAGAACCUGCCCUACAAACAGACUCUUGAUAUCUGUGGUGCUUCGUACAAAGUAGCGGUGGCUUCGCUCAAAACCGCAAGAGGGGAGGUGGAGCAGGAUGCUGCGAAGGCCAACACUGACAUCCAAAAUGCCGAUUUCGAGAUCUCUAACUGUGGACUGGAGAUGAGUAUCAAUGGUAGUAGCUUCAGGGAUCUUUCCCUAAUCAAAAGAACCCGCAACGCCAGCUUGUUUUGUAACAUUGGAGUUGCGAUCACCUCUAAACUUUAA